GGCUGUGCCGGGCUGUGCCGGGCCGUGCCGGGCCAGGACAGGCGGGGGUGGGGGCCUGAGUUAGUGGAGUCAGUGACAGGCGCUCGGGGCAGCCCGCGCCUUACUGAGGUCCCCGCCCCGUCCCGGCCGGGCCGGCUCGUCUGUCAGUCACUGGGGCGGAGGCAGCGGCGGUAGCGGGGCCGGAGCCAGGCUGUGAGCAGAGCGCGGGCCAGGCCGAACGGAGAGAACCUGCCACAGCCCCUCAACUCCACGGACUCUUCGCCCCAGACUCACGAAGCUGCACCYCCCGCGCUUCUUUGGACGCCUCCGUAAUCCGCGAAGGGCUUUCUCCCCCGUGACCCCUCAGCCCCGUGACCUCCUCAUAGCACCCAAGCGCUCACCCGGACGAGGGUGUUUUUGGUACAGGCCKUCGACCCUGUGACUCCUCACGGGCCAGGGACUCGGUUCCCCCCUAGGCCUCCCUCCCCAAUGACUUCCUCCUCAUAGAUUCUAGGGACAGAACCGUGACCUAUCAUUAGGACCAGCGUCUGGGAACACCUCACUGACGCGUCCCUCCUUAGAGUACCCCUUAGUGGGUCUCCUCCUAAGAGCACCCCUUUUGGUCUCUGGCAAACUCCCCACCCCCAAACGAGGUGGGGAGGCCUCGGCAGCCAUGUCCUCCCUGGGCACCCUCUUACCCCACCAGUCCCUGGGCGCCCAAGCCGGGGUCUAGCAGGGGGCCAGCAGCCAAGGGGCUGGGGCAGGAGACAGAUCAGGGUCCACCUCCUUGCCAGGGAGGGAGCAAAGAUGGAGCGGCGGGAGGAGCAGCCGGGGGCUGCAGGGGCUGGAGCAGCACCAGCCUUGGACUUCACUGUGGAGAACGUGGAGAAGGCGCUGCACCAGCUCUACUACGACCCCAACAUUGAGAACAAGAACCUGGCUCAGAAGUGGCUGAUGCAGGCCCAGGUCUCCCCACAGGCCUGGCACUUCAGCUGGCAGCUACUACAGCCCGACAAGGUGCCUGAGAUCCAGUACUUUGGGGCCAGUGCCCUACACAUCAAGAUCUCUCGCUAUUGGAGUGAUAUCCCCACUGAUCAGUAUGAAAGCCUAAAGGCACAGCUCUUCACCCAGAUCACCCGCUUCGCCAGUGGCUCGAAGAUUGUGCUGACUCGGUUGUGUGUGGCACUGGCCUCACUGGCUCUCAGCAUGAUGCCUGAUGCUUGGCCAUGUGCUGUGGCAGAUAUGGUAAGACUCUUCCAGGCUGAGGACUCACCAGUGGAUGGCCAGGGCCGCUGCCUGGCCCUUCUAGAGCUGCUGACAGUACUGCCUGAGGAGUUCCAGACCAGCCGCCUGCCCCAGUACCGCAAAGGCCUGGUGCGGGCCAGCCUGGCAGUGGAGUGUGGGGCUGUCUUCCCAUUGCUGGAGCAGCUGCUACAGCAGCCCAGCUCACCCAGCUGUGUACGUCAGAAGGUGCUCAAGUGCUUCUCCAGCUGGGUACAGCUGGAAGUGCCACUGCAGGACUGUGAGGCACUUAUUCAGGCUGCCUUUGCUGCUCUGCAGGACACGGAGCUCUUUGACAGCAGUGUGGAGGCAAUCGUCAAUGCCAUCUCGCAGCCUGAUGCCCAGAGGUACGUGAACACACUUCUGAAACUCAUCCCACUGGUGCUGGGACUGCAGGAACAACUGCGACAGGCAGUGCAAAAUGGGGACAUGGAAACUUCCCAUGGCAUCUGUCGCAUCGCUGUGGCCCUGGGCGAGAACCACUCCCGGGCCUUGUUGGAUCAAGUAGAGCACUGGCAGAGCUUCCUGGCACUUGUCAACAUGAUCAUGUUCUGCACAGGCAUCCCUGGCCAUUAUCCUGUCAAUGAGACUACCAGCUCCUUAACUCUAACUUUCUGGUACACACUGCAGGAUGACAUUCUAUCCUUUGAGGCAGAGAAGCAGGCUGUAUACCAGCAGGUGUACCGACCAGUCUACUUCCAGCUGGUGGAUGUGCUUCUGCACAAGGCCCAGUUCCCUUCUGAUGAGGAAUAUGGAUUCUGGUCCUCAGACGAGAAGGAGCAGUUCCGAAUUUACAGGGUGGACAUCUCAGACACGCUCAUGUAUGUCUAUGAGAUGCUGGGGGCCGAGCUGCUCAGCAACCUCUAUGACAAGCUGGGCCGUUUGCUCACCAGCUCAGAGGAGCCCUACUCCUGGCAGCACACAGAGGCUCUGCUUUAUGGCUUCCAAUCCAUCGCGGAGACCAUCGAUGUCAACUAUUCUGAUGUGGUGCCCGGGCUCAUUGGUCUCAUUCCACGGAUCAGCAUCAGCAACGUUCAGCUGGCAGAUACUGUCAUGUUCACCAUUGGCAAUCCUGAGCUGUCUGUCUCUUCUGUGUCCACCCUCAAGAAGAUCUGCCGAGAAUGCAAGUAUGACUUGCCGCCCUAUGCUGCCAAUAUCGUAGCUGUCUCCCAGGAUGUACUGAUGAAACAGAUCCACAAGACAAGCCAGUGCAUGUGGCUGAUGCAGGCUCUGGGCUUCCUGCUAUCAGCCCUGCAAGUGGAGGAAAUCCUUAAGAACCUGCACUCGCUCAUCUCACCCUAUAUCCAGCAGCUGGAGAAGCUGGCAGAGGAGAUACCCAAUCCCUCCAACAAGCUGGCCAUUGUCCACAUCUUGGGGCUUCUCUCCAACCUCUUCACCACACUGGACGUCAGUCAUCACGAGGAUGAUCAUGAAGGUCCUGAGCUCCGGAAGCUGCCAGUGCCACAGGGACCCAACCCGGUGGUGGUGGUGCUGCAGCAGGUCUUCCAGCUUAUCCAGAAGGUGCUGAGCAAGUGGUUGAAUGAUGCCCAGGUGGUGGAGGCGGUGUGCGCCAUCUUUGAGAAGUCUGUUAAGACCCUGCUGGAUGACUUUGCCCCCAUGGUGCCACAGCUGUGUGAGAUGCUAGGCCGGAUGUACAGCACUAUCCCCCAGGCCUCUGCUCUUGACCUCACUAGACAGCUGGUCCACAUAUUUGCUCAUGAGCCGGCCCACUUUCCCCCAAUUGAGGCCCUCUUCCUGCUCGUCACCUCCGUCACACUCACUCUCUUCCAGCAAGGGCCCAGGGAUCAUCCUGAUAUUGUUGAUUCAUUUAUGCAACUCCUGGCACAGGCUCUCAAGCGGAAGCCAGAUUUGUUCCUGUGUGAACGAUUGGAUGUCAAAGCUGUGUUCCAGUGUGCUGUGUUGGCCCUCAAGUUCCCUGAGGCACCUACUGUCAAGGCCUCCUGUGGCUUCUUUACAGAGCUGCUGCCUCGGUGUGGAGAAGUAGAAUCUGUGGGAAAGGUGGUACAGGAGGACGGUCGUAUGCUGCUUGUAGCAGUGCUAGAGGCCAUUGGGGGCCAGGCCUCCCGCAGCCUCAUGGACUGCUUUGCCGAUAUCCUGUUCGCCCUGAACAAACACUGCUUCAGCCUCCUGAGCUUGUGGAUCAAGGAGGCACUGCAACCACCUGGUUUUCCUUCUGCCCGCCUCAGUCCCGAACAGAAGGACACCUUCAGCCAACAGAUCCUUCGUGAGCGAGUGAACAAGAGGCGGGUGAAGGAGAUGGUGAAGGAGUUCACACUGCUCUGCCGGGGGCUACAUGGCACAGAUUACACAGCUGACUACUGAGGGGCKCCCCCACCCACGUACUCCUUUUCACCCCUUCCUAUUCCCAAAGAGUAAACCUGAACCUUCACUGUU